GCGAUUCAUUCAUCCUCGAUAGCGAUUUAACGAAUUUUGAUUUUGCCAAAAAGAUUCUUUUCAAACAUUUAUCAUCCAACAACUUGAGUGUUUGGUGUGUGAAUCAUAUAUAGCUGUAUCGUCAUCAUUAUCUUUAUCGUGUUAAACAAGAGAAAGAAUCGAUUCGAAUUCAGUUGAAUAGCCGCCGUGUUUGUUUGGUCAUCGGAUAAUAUUGAUAAAAAUUUGAUUGAAUUGACCAAUCAAUCAAUCAAUCAAUAGCAAAACAACAAUAAUUUCAAAUACCCAGUGUAGCCGAGGCAGCAUGGACAAGAAAAAAACGCUGAAACGAGCCAGAAUCGAUUGCAUUCGGGGACCAAAUAUAUCGAAUGGUCCGUUACAUUCACGACCCUUGGUGGCUUUGCUCGAUGGCCGUGAUUGUUCGGUAGAGAUGCCCAUAUUGAAAGAUGUUGCCACGGUGGCAUUCUGCGAUGCUCAAUCCACUCAGGAAAUUCACGAAAAAGUUUUGAACGAAGCUGUCGGGGCCCUGAUGUGGCAUACAAUCAAUUUGACCAAAGAAGAUUUGGAAAAAUUCAAAGCACUUCGAAUAAUAGUUCGCAUCGGUUCGGGCAUCGAUAAUGUUGAUAUCAAAGCAGCCGGUGAACUUGGUAUCGCCGUCUGUAAUGUGCCGGGUUUUGGUGUGGAAGAAGUUGCCGAUUCUACCAUGUGCCUAAUUCUUAAUUUAUAUCGUCGAACGUAUUGGUUGGCCAAUAUGGUGCGUGAUGGGAAAAAAUUUCAAGGUCCCGAACAAGUUAGAGAAGCCGCUAGUGGAUGUGCUCGAAUUCGAGGCGAUACUUUGGGAAUCGUGGGCUUAGGUCGAGUGGGAACUGCAGUAGCGUUACGAGCGAAAGCAUUCGGUUUCAAUGUUAUAUUCUAUGAUCCUUAUCUAUCGGACGGAAUCGACAAAUCACUUGGUUUGAAUCGUGUCUACACUUUGCAAGACCUUUUAUUCCAAAGUGAUUGUGUAUCAUUGCAUUGUACUCUCAACGAACACAAUCAUCAUCUCAUCAAUGAAUUUACAAUCAAACAAAUGCGACCUGGAGCUUUUCUCUGCAACACUGCUCGUGGUGGUCUGGUCGACGAAAACGCCUUAGCUGCCGCACUCAAAGAUGGCAGAAUUCGGGCUGCUGCUCUCGAUGUUCACGAAAACGAACCCUAUGUUAAUCACGGUCCAUUAAAAGAUGCGUCCAAUCUGAUCUGUACACCGCAUGCCGCCUGGUAUAGUGAUGCAAGCUCUACUGAACUUCGCGAGAUGGCUGCAACCGAAAUUCGUCGAGCGAUUGUGGGCCGCAUUCCAGAUAAUCUACGCAACUGUGUGAACAAAGAAUAUUUUACCGGCGGUGCUUAUGGCGACAGUAUGAAUGGCUCUAGUUCUUAUAAUUACACUGGUCCUAUUGUUCCUCAUUCGACCACCGUGGAACCAAUGCCAAAUCCUGCAUUAUCCAAUUCCACAUUGACACCUUCACAUUCGACGCCUCAUUCGACCCUUCAAGAUACUAAUAAUCAUAUUGCAGCCAAAGCUGAAAGUUCAGAGGUCCAUUGAAAACCAACACAACACACACACACAUUGCAGAAGCCCAAAAUCAAAACAUAAUGAUGAUGAUGAUGAGCAGUAAACGCUUACCUUUUUUGUUAUUAUUUUUAUCCAUUCACAUGAUGUGUCAUCGUCAUCGUUGUUGUGAGCGCAGAAAAAGAAAAAAAUCUAUCAAUUUUUUUUGGAGAAAAAUAUCGUUCAUAAUAUACACGCUCUAUUAUAAUUGAUUGAUUACAAAUAUCAUUGUCAUUUAUUGUUUGUUCACACUACCACACAAUUUAUCAUGAUCAUCACCACCAUCAUCAUUGGCUAAGAGAGAUAACAUAACAUACCACACAAGACACGAUAACGAUUUAGAUUUUAUUAUAAUUAUCAUCAUUAUUACAAUACACACAAUGAGAUAUGUGGAAAAA